AUGAGUACAUUUAUCCAAUUACAAAGCAAGUUAUUGAACCAAUUAAAAGAAUACGCUAAACUCCCUGACGAUAGUGAAAAUACAAAGAAUCUUUCCAAUGAUAUUGUUGGGAAAAUCUUUGAUAUUGAAAGUUUAAUUGAAUAUCAAGUGGCGUUUGUAUCCAAGAAAUACAGCGGAUUAAAGUUGAAGAUCAAACAUAGUGAAGAUUGUCAUGUAUGUGAUGAAUUAGAGAUCAACACCAGUAAGAUGAAUAUUUUUGAUAAUGAAUCACAACAGCAAUUGAUGGCCGAACUCGAAGAAAUUUUGGAAAUGAUUGGAUGGAUCUAUGAAUUCAAGAAACAAUGGAAACAAAUAGUCAAUGAUAAUGAAUACAGAAGACAAGAAUUGAAGAAAAAGACCCGUCGAGAGACCAUUGAAACUGAAGUGGAUAAAGUCACGACCUCUUCCUCUGAUGAACGGGAAGUUCAUUCUUAUGCAUUCCCCAAGACUAAAACGGAAACCUCCAAGGCUCAAUUGUUGAAAACCACAAAGAAAUUAACCAAUAGUUUGAUGCGGGGCAACCAGAUCUUGGAGACCGGUAUUCUACAGAGUGAUUUGAACCUUGAUGAACUACGGUCCCAGACCCAUUCAAUUACAAUCAUGAAUGAAAAAUAUCAACAAUUUGAAACCAUUUUCAAAAAAACAAACCAAUUGGUGAAAUCGUUAGAAAGAGCAUCACAACAAGAAAAAAGAGAUGUUUAUCUCUCACUAGCGUUUCUAAUCAUGUGCAUCAGUUGGGUAUUAUGGCGCCGAAUCUUCAAGCUACCUGUGAAAUUGGCAUUAUGGAUGCUAUUCCAAUUCUUUAAAGGGAUCUUAUUGACAAUGGGGCUGGUUCAAAAAACAGCAGCAACAUGCAUGUGA